CCAGCAGUGAUUUCUUUCGCUUAACUCGGACGAGGGAAAGCUGCACUGACAGAUACCCCAAGAGUGCUGCUACGGCCCGAAAGCAUCGGCGGAUUAUUGCUGUAAUUUUGAAUUUGGUGGAGUACACAAAAAACGCCUGAAUUCGACAGCGGACUCUUUUUUUUUAACCCGUUAGAUAUCCAGAUUGGAAACUAUGAAGUUUUCAACAUUCGCACUUCUCGUUUAUGCGCUCGUGGCUUUCACCCUGGUGAGCAGCGCCUCUAUAGACAGGUAUGAGGGCGAGAAACCUGCACAAACAACCGUGAUUCACCUGUUACACACAUCAGAGACACAGAAUGAAAAAAGACCUGCUGAGGACAGCAAGCACGUGAGCUACCAGGAGGAGGAGGCGGGUGAAGAAUAUGACAGCUAUGAAGAAUACGAAUUGUCAGGAGAUUAUGAGAUACCUCGAGUCGCAUUUUCAAGCAAACCUAAAGAUCCGAGUACAGUACUGAAUGCAGAGAGGCGUGAAACUAAGGAGAGAAGGGGAAAGGGGCAGAAAAAGGGGAAGGGGAAAAAGAGGAACCCGUGCCUGAAGAAAUAUAAGGACUUCUGCAUUCACGGGACAUGCCACUACCUGAGGAAGAUCGGCCCCUCGUGCAUUUGUAACCAAGGUUAUUCCGGAGAGAGAUGCCACUCGUUCUCGCUGCCUGUAUGGAACCGGGAUGAAGGUUACGAUCGCACAACGGCGCUGGCUGUGGUCGCUGUUGUUCUCUCCUCGCUCUGUCUCACCAUCAUUGGACUUCUGUUGGCUCUCAGGUUUCACAAACGAGGCACGUAUGACGUAGAGAAUGAGGAGAAGGUUAAGCUCGGCACACCCCCACAUCACUAACACAUAGGAGCCCGUGAAGACUGUGUGGAACUUCUACCUCAAAAUAAAAUGGAGAAGUGAAUUGCCAGGAAGACAAGCACAGUGCACUUGAAAAGAAGGAUGACUAGCUGUGCCGCAGGAGUCAGAGCUUCUCUAUGAGAGGCUGUACUUCCAUAUGAUUCACUGGGAGGUUCAGAAAGACGGUCCCAUCAGCCCAGAACCUGAUGAACACUGGAACUCUCUUUGGCCAAGUGAAUCUACACUGAGGAAAAGUGGACAUUUUGGGGCGAGAGUUUGUCUGGGUAACUCCCCAGAGUUGAGACUGUAGUCUGGGCUGGGACAUUUAUCAUUUCCUCAGAGAGAAACAAACCGGUCCCCAAAAUUGCUUGUUUUUACCAGUUGUCUUUUUCUAUGUUGCAUUGUGCACUGUAAAUAUUAAUUGUUUAUGCCUUUCUUUUAAUUUAUUUAUUUAUAUUAUUAAUAUUUAUUCAGAUUUAUACCAACCUUGUCCAGCCCUAACACACUGGCCACGUGUUUAAAAAGGACUACAUAGUGUUUUAUGUUUAAUAAUAUGCUAUUUAUUAAAAUUUUAGAAAUCUUAGAGAUUUAAGUGCUUUUCAGAAGUAAUAGACAAAAACUGUAGCAUAAAAAUGAAAAACUACUUUGUUGCUAUUUUAAUAUUUGCAUUAGUCAUGAAAUAUAACCUAAAUCUUUUAAGUAUUUUUCCCUCCAUUACAGUGUUAAAUGUGCUCAUAGAUGUGUUUUGACAUUUCAUAGGAAUAUUCACAAAUGAUUGAACACACCUUUUAAAUGUCAAUAUUGGUGUGUUUAUGGAGAAAAACAAAAAACAUACAGUUUCAUUUGGCCAGUAAACUGUUUACACUGUCAAAUCAGUGUGUUGUUGUGAAAUGUGAAUUAAAUGUCCUGCUAUAACAAAA